UCUAUUCUAUUAAAAACAGCAUUUCACGGCGAAGAUGACCGGCGGCGAUGCCUCUACGACGAUGGAACACUUCGCCGCCGCCGCCUGCUGUAUAUCGCACGAAUUCCACAGACGCGCUUCACGGAACCCGAACAGGAUUGCAGUGAUACACGCGUGCGGUGGUGCUCGACUAGCGCGAGAAUUCCACCGCAUUCACAAAAACGGCAGUGGUGAGCAAACCAUAAUCGACUUUGAUGAGUUCAUAUCCGAGAAAACGACUUCGCUUCGCCCUACAGUUUACGAAGGCGAUAGAUGCUUCACCUUCUCUGACAUUCUCUCCGCGGUCGAUUCUCUCAGCUCAAGGCUCCGCCGGAUUCUCGACGGUGCUAAUGAUUCCCACCUUAUUAAACCUCGUUCAGGCAAUGGUGUUCUUAGGGAUCAUUUAGUACAAGUUGAGAAUUCUGAAUCACUGGAGUCGAGUGCACAGCAGUUUAAUGAACUUCAGAAGACAUAUACUCCAAGAGUGAUAGGAGUUUAUAUGGAACCGUCUAUAGAAUAUAUUAUUACUGUCCUCUCUGUACUGAGAUGUGGAGAGGCUUUCAUGCCUUUGGAUCCAUCUUGGCCUAAAGAAAGGAUAUUAUGGGUACUAUCUUCUUCAAAAGCCAACCUUCUUGUUGGUUGUGGGUCUUCAGUUGACAGUAAUUUUCACCAGCUUGAUAAGUUAGAUUGGCUUAUUGAUGAUGGGAGCUGUCCUAUAUUUCGUAUAUCUAUGGAAGAUUACAUUCAAAAGAAAGAUUGUGAUUCAUCGCAUUUAGUCUGGCCUUGUGAAAGAGAAAGGUUGAGAUCAUUCUGUUACUUGAUGUACACGUCUGGGUCUACUGGGGAGCCUAAAGGUGUAUGUGGCACUGAAUCAGGUCUUCUGAAUCGCUUUUUAUGGAUGCAAGAAUUGUACCCCUUACAACUAGAAGAUUUGUUGCUCUUCAAAACAUCAAUAAGCUUUAUCGAUCAUUUGCAGGAAUUUCUGGGAGCUCUACUUGCUACUUGUACAUUGGUUAUACCUCCUUUCAAUCAGCUGAAAGAAAAUUUGUUCUAUAUUGUCAAUAUUUUACAGGAGUAUUUGAUUGGCAGGAUUGUAGCCGUUCCAUCAUUUAUGAGGGCAAUACUUCCUGCAUUGGAAAGUGCAUAUUUUAGGAGAAUUCAAAGUUCUUUGAAAGUUUUAGUGUUAAGUGGCGAAACUUUCCACCUGUCCCUGUGGAAGAUCCUGGUGAAGAUACUCCCUCAGACUGCUAUUUUGAAUUUAUAUGGGAGUACAGAGGUUUCUGGUGAUUGUACAUACUUUGAUUGUGAGAGUUUACCUCUCAUCUUGGAGCAUGAGAGUCUGAGUGGUGUUCCAAUUGGUUUGCCUUUGCAAAACUGUGAUGUUCUGCUCCUUGGAGAUGAUGAUCCCAAUGAAGGAGAAAUAUGUGUUAGUGGACUCUGCCUUUCAGCUGGAUACUUUUGUUAUCCUUCUGUUUUGCCAUUGGAUUAUGUAGAGUUAUCUCAGAACCAUGACAUCAAGAGCACUGAUCAUAGAGUUCAACAAUAUUUUAGAACUGGGGAUUUUGCCAGAAAACUUCAGAAUGGAAACUUCAUUUUUCUAGGGAGAAAAGACCGCACUGUAAAGAUUAGUGGACACCGCAUUGCUUUGGAGGAGGUUGAAAAUGUUCUGAGGGAACAUCCAGAAGUAGCUGAUGCUGCUGUGAUUUUCCGAAAUGAUAAAAGAGAUACUUCACUUUUGGAAGCACAUUUGAUUAUGAAGGAAAACAAUGAACAUGUUGAGAUUUUGAGAUCUAUUACAAAUUGGAUAGCUAGAAAACUCCCUCCAGCAAUGAUUCCUGUUCGCUUCUUCUUUACAGAUUCAUUUCCCAUGUCUUCCAGUGGAAAAGUGGAUUACAACCUCUUGGCUGAUAGCUGUGUAUGCAAUGCAGGUUUCCAUAGCGAGGUUGAUGAAACUCAAGAUAUUGACUUGAUUCAAGCUAUAGAAAAGGCUUUUUGUGAUGGUCUAAGGGUUGAUAAGAUCUCCCAUAAUGCUGACUUUUUCGAGAUGGGUGGCAAUUCUAUCUCUGCUGCAUAUGUCUCAUAUACUUUAGGAAUUAAUAUGAAAGACUUGUAUACUUUUCCAACCCCAAAGAAGCUUCAGAUGGCCCUUCUAAGAAAGGAGAUUUCAUUCAAUCAUGAUCUUAGAUCAGGGGCUCCAGAAGGAGUGAACUACGAAGGGCAAGGCAACAGUAAUAUUCUUUCUCUUUAUUCAAGGGAACCCCAUCAUAAUAGAAGGAUGCCCCUUAAUGAAAAUUCUUUUAAACGCUUGAAGAUGGAUUCAAACUUGUACAUUGAAUCUAAUUAUGUUAGUGCAAGAGAUUAUUCCUAUUCCAACUUGGGUCUUAUCAAUUGUUCAUUUAGCCGUUGCAACUAUGUGAAACAUGGAGAGGAAUGUGGGGGGAAUAUAUGCGGUAGUGUGCGCUCGCAGGAAUUUCCAUGUGGUAGAAAAAUUUCUAUACGAGAAUUCUGGAAAGUUGACAUGGAGUCUUGUGUUGAUGCAUCACCACUUGUUGUAUACAAAGAAAGUAAUGUUUAUGUGUUUAUAGGGUCUCACUCACAGAAGUUUAUUUGCAUAGAUGCCAAAAGUGGUGUUGUACAAUGGAUGGUGGAAUUACAAGGAAGAAUUGAAUGUUCAGCAGCAAUUGUUGGUGACUUCUCUCAGGUUGUUGUCGGCUGUUAUGAGGGAAAUAUAUAUUUUCUGAAUUUUUCAAAUGGCAGCACCUGUUGGAGUUACCAAACAUGUGGAGAGGUCAAAUCACAGCCAGUGGUUGACAAACCCAGACACUUGGUCUGGUGCGGGUCACAUGACCACAACCUCUAUGCCCUGGACUACAAAAAUUAUUGCUGUAUUUUCAAAAUUCCUUGUGGUGGCAGUGUAUUUGGCUCACCUGCCGUUGAUGAGAUGCAAGGAAAACUUUAUGUGGCAUCAACAAGUGGCCGAGUAACAGCAGUAUCUAUUAAGGCUCAGCUAUAUAGUGUACUAUGGAUAAAAGAGCUGGGAGUUCCUGUUUUUGGGUCACUUUCCAUAAACUUUUCAUAUGAAAUAGUAAUUUGUUGCCUGGUGGAUGGAAGUGUUCUUGCAUUGGAUGCUAGCGGAUCUGUUGUUUGGAAGGGAAGAACUGGAGGUCCAAUAUUUGCAGGACCAUGUACAUCACAUACACUGCCCUCCCAGGUGCUUAUUUGUUCAAGAGAUGGCAUCAUCUAUUCAUUUGACUUGGAAAACGGGAAAUUACUCUGGAAGCACUCUGUUGAAGAUCCCAUCACUGCAUCUGCAUACAUUGAUGAGAGCUUGCUGUUGUCAUGUGAUGACCACACUCUGCCCCGGAGGUUCAUUUGUGUAUGCACCAGUUCUGGAGGUAUUCGUGUGCUUCAAGUCAACUUAGAUCACAAUGAAGCAGCAAAACAGUCGGGGGAAGAUGUGAUACAGGAAUUCGCCAAGUUGGAUCUUGAAGGAGACAUCUUUUCCUCCCCUGUGAUGAUUGGUGGAACUAUAUUUGUUGGCUGUCGGGAUGACUAUGUGCACUGUUUAAAGCUUGAGAGACAAAUUCCAACUUAAAGUUGAACUCUACUGCUUUGGUAUCUUCAGAUUCUUAUGCCCAUUAUGUGAGUCUGGCCAAGAAUAUCCCAUUUGUGAAAAUCAGAGCAUUGAGUGCAUGUCAUAUGCACAUGGUAAUACCACCAAGUCUUUUUAAAUUAUCAGAGCCUUCAACUCUUUGAUAGAAUCCAGAUUACUUGGAAACAACACUGAGCCAGAGUGCCAAAUCUUUUCAGAAUACCCAAGCAUUCACCUGUGGUUAUAAUCCAGAUUCCUUGGAAAUGGUGAGCAAUCUGCUCAUAAACUGUUGUGAUGGAAUGAGAAUUCAGCCAUGUUCUAAUGGAGUACUCCUUGAAAGUAUGCCAGAGAGAUCUGUCAGAUUCCCUCUGUCAAAAGUCCUUUCAGGGUAUAUUCUCAGUACUUCAUAGAUCCCUUCAAAAGGUCAUGGAAGACAUCUGUAAAAGAUGAUAUAUUUUGGAAAUGAUCUGACAUGCAAAGUGGAAAAACAAUAGCGCUAUGUGGCACAAGAUCUGAAAAAUCAACCAAUGCGGGCAUCUUCCUCUAACACCUAUAAUUCAUUAUUGCAUUCAGAUUUGUUGUACUGCCAAUAUUUUCCUGUGAGGUUGUUAGCGACGGAUUGCAAAGGUUUCUUUUUUCUGGGAUGCUACAUACUACUGUAUUCUAUAUGCUCAUAUUUAAAGUUGAGGCACUGUUUUAGAUGUGAAUCUGUGUAUCAAUUAGAGAAGGCAUUUGUGCUGAUAUUGAUUUGUCAACAAUACCUAUGCUUGUACAUAGUUGAUACAAAUGUUUGCUUUCUAUUAAACAAUAUGUUGAGUUUGAACCCUUGCACCAAUCCAAGGAAAAACACUUCCUUUUCA